AUGAAUAAUUAGCAAUAAAUUAUAGCUGUCCUAACCAAAAUCAAGGAAUCCCAACAGAAAAUCAAAGUCAAGACAUCCAAAUAUCUAAAACAAUUAGACAUAUUCAAGAUGCAAUUAAAUUCUUAAGAAAUUCGAUUAUAUUUAGUGGGAAAUGAUCAAUUGCCAUAUGGAUUAUUGUAUUGUAUAGGAAAUAAAUCAAAAGUGGAUGGCAGUCUAAGGAAAUCUGCAUAUUAUAGUGCUGAAUUAUUUUUGAAUAUUCUAGAAAAACACCCUCAAAGAAUUGAAUUCAUUAAAGCAUUUUCAGAUCUUGAAGAUGAAGAAUACAAAUUGCUUUCAUUAUCUACUCAUGUUUUGGCUGAUAAAAAGUUGUAAGAUAAAGGGCUUAUUGCUUUUAAAAUAAUUAAGUUUCUGAAAGAUGAAAGGCCUCAUUUCAAUCUAGAAUGCAUCCUUGAAAUUAAAAAACUCAAGGAGUAAUUCGAUAAUUGGUAUAAGAGUGUUAGGAUCUAAUAAAUUUAAGAGCAUAACAAGUAAACUUCAUGGAAAGAAUCUGAGUAGCCUCCUCCUGAGAAUCUGAACUUAUAAAGAGAACAAAAUAAAAGAUAGAAGAAAUUAGAACACAUUACUUUAUAAUGGGAUGGUAAUCCUGAGUACUUAAUUAAGACCUUCUAUAAUCCUUUCGUUCCUUAACAGAGAACGACUAAAUCUAAUAAGAAUAGAAGUGCUGCAUUAAAGAAAAAGCAGAUAGCUGAAAGUUUAAAUGCUGUUAUUGAUGUAGAAUCAGUUGAACAAAUUAAACAAUAAAAUAAGAAUUUGGAUAAAUUGAUUGUUAAAAUUCAUCUUGACUCUCCUUAAUUUGAUGCUCAAACAUUCUUAAGAAUAGUUUAGCCAUAAAUCACAAAGCAAUCUAUGACUAUGCUCUAAUAACAAAAUAUAGAGAUGAAUAAGAAUAUCGUCUACUAUUUUAUUGAUGAUUUCUUCUGUAUUAACUAAGGCAUUUUGUAAAUUCAUAAUUAAUUCAUUUCCAAAGAAUUUGCAGAUUAAAUCAAAAGGAAAAAAUCAUUGGCAUCAAAUGAUAAGUCAGGACAACCUAUGCAAGUUGAUCAAAUCUUAAUACUUGGAUCUCUGUCUAAAAGAACAUUUUAGUUAUUGUCUAAAUUAAAUUCUAUUUCAUAAUCAAUGAAUAAGCUAAAAAUGAGCUAAGAGCAUUUGAAAUCAGCAAUUGAUUUCAUUAGGAAAUGCGAAUAGUACGUUUAGUUGCCAAAUUAAUUAAAGGAAGCAUAUCUACAAAGAAAUAAUGCACGAGUGAUGAAACUCAUUUCACUAUAAAAGGAGAAUAUAAAUUAGUACAAAAAUGAAUCAUUGUUUAAAUAGUUGAAUGAAUAGAUAAAUCAAGUAAUGAAAUAAAUAUACAAUGACAUGCUUCAAUAGAUAAAGUAGGAUAAUCUAGAGUACAAUUAGAUUUUAGAAAUAACCGAAUACAUAAAUGAAUUAAAUUUGACCCAGAAUAGUACCUAAGAUAUUGUUAAUAAUCUUUAGCAAUCUAUAAAGACAAGCUUCAAUGCUUAUUUUAAUAAGACUUUGCAAUAGAGGGAUAAUGAAGCCUAUUAAGUUGAGAUGAUCAGAGGAGAUUUUAUUAUUGAAUUCCUCUAACAAUGUUCAUUGCCUUAAAAGGAAUUGCAACUAUAAAAUUGCAAAGCCUUAGAAAGUUUUGUAAGUGGAAAAUUCAGUAAACAGGUGAAAUAGUUCUAAAAUUUAUGUCGAGAUCUUAAUCUAAAUCCAAAUUUGCAAAAACUGAAGGAGGAUAUUGAGAAUAAAUUGCUAUAGUUCUUGGAUUAGGCUAAAAAGUCAUGGUUUAGUUAAUAAUAUAGUGCGAUAUUGUGUUAAAGAAUAAAUCAGGAUAUUGAAUCGAUUAAGAAUAUGGCUUAGAUAAUAGCAAAUCUUUUUGGAGAGACCCCAAAGAUAGAUAAUUGUAUAAAUGACAUAGAGGUUUAGUCAUUAUCCCUGCAAUUCUCAAAUUACACAUUAAAAUAGAUAAAAGCCAAUUUUGUGGUUCCUUAAAGAGACUUUUUCGGGGUGAAUUUUUCUGAAUUCAUGUUGCAGAUAUUUAAUGAGAUAUUUAAGUAAGGAUUUUAUAUAUUGCGAUAGAAUAUCUAAGAAUAAAAAUGUAGAUGGAUAACUAUUUUUGCAAUUAAUGCAAGACAGUCUGAAUUACAUUUAAUCGAGUUGCAAGGAGGCCCAAGAUUAUUUGAUAUUUUUGCACAAUCUAAAGUUGAUUUCUAGUUAGAUCAAAGAGUUGGCUUAGAGUGUGUAUUCAAAUUCAAAGAAACAAAAAACCUUUAAAGAAUUUGCUGAACCAAUUCAAUAAUAAAUUAAUGGAAUUUUGUCCAAGUAUUACUAACCAUGUCUCCAGAGUUACGUGAAAUUAUUAAACCUUGAUUAGCCUUAAGGUAUGGAUAUGAUACCAAGACCAUAUGUUAUCUAGUGGUUGACGGUGCUGAAUGAGCAGGCUGUUGUUUUGGCCUAAAUUAAUUUGGAUUAAUCGGUUACUGAUUCAAUUAUGUCAUUUAUUGUUAGUUAAUGUUUUAAGAAUAUUGAAGCAGUAUCCACACAUGCGAAGAGAGCAAAGUUCCUGGAUUAAUUAAAUCAUGAGAUAAAUUUAAUUAAAAUAAUGACAUUGACAUUUUAGGGAUCUGUGUCGUAGGAAGGGUUUUAGAGAUUGCAAAGAAAGUUGGAAGAACUGAGUCAAAAUACAUUGUCAGAUACCAGUGAAUGGGCACGAACUUAAAAAUUUAAAAUGUCAUUUAAUUUUAAAGCAUUAUAUGGUUAUUAUUAACAAUAAUGAUGAAUUUUAAUGGUUUUCAUACUGAAAGAAUAUUCACUGGCCGCGGAGAACUCACAAAACCUGAUACUCAUCACUAUGCUGAUGAUGAGUCACCCGAGAACUCAUAGGUUGAAGGAUUCGACAUAAUGUGGAAGAAGAAUUCUUUAAAGAUUUUUUGUACGGCCACAAAAUUCAUGGUGAAGUUGAAGACAGCAGUUGAUCAUUAUAGACUCAGACAGAUUACUCAUAGGAUCUACCAAAUAAUUGGAGACAAAGCUUCAGAUUAUUUUUACUAUUAGGCUAAAGGAUUGGUAAAUUAGAAAUGGACUUUCCAAUCUUACAUCAAGAGUUUAUUGAUCUAUAACUUUUGGGUUGAAAUGCAAAUAGGAGUCAUUAAACCUGAUAGCAAAAUCAAAUUGUUAGUCGACUGCACAAUUCUAAUAUUAAUAGUUAUGAAUAUCUUUUAUAUCCCAAUGUAACUCUCCUUUUCAUUAUAGAACAAUGCUCAAACUGUUGACUUUUUAUUCAGUACAAUUCCGAGUUGGGUAUUUUUAAUGGAAAUCAUUAUCAAUUUCAACACUGCCUAUUAUUAUAAAGGCAUGAUCCAUGAAGAUCGAACUAAAAUAUUUCAACACUACAUUAAGGGAGACUUCUUUAAGGAUUUGCUGGUGGUUAUACCAUUCCUUAUAUCUCAAUAUAAUAUCCCUUACCUUAAUUUUGUAUUGCUAUUAAGAAUAACCAGAGUCAAUAAAAUAUUUGAAUAAAUCGAAGAAGUAACUAUGAUAAGAGAAAAGUUCGCAGCCCCUAUUGAUGUCUUGAAAUUGAUGAUAUUUUUGAUAUUUGUGGCGCAUGUUAGUGGUUGUGCAUGGCAUUACAUAGGCAUUCAAGAGUUCUUUGAAAACAAUACAGGCUGGCUCAUUAAAUAUGGCUAUUCAGAAAAAGAUUGGGUUAAUAGAUAUGUUGUAUCUCUAUAUUUUGGUACUGUGACUUCAUUUACUGUUGGUUUUGGUGAUAUCGUACCUUAAACAUUAGUUGAAUAAGUCUUCUUAAUUAUAAUGGUGUUGAUAACUUCACUUGUUUUUGGCUAUACAAUUUCCUCCAUAUAAAAUAUUUUUGGAUAAUUAAGAGAGAAAACUGAUUAGCAUCGCAAUAAGAUGGCUAAAAUUAACUCAUAUAUGAAGAAAAAUAGAAUAAAUCCAGUUCUACAAAUGAAAAUUAGAAAGUAUUUUGAAUAUUUCUUCACUCUUGAUGAGAGUCCAGAAUUACUUAUGGACAAUCUCAAUGAAGAUCUCAAAUUAGAAUUUAGAACCAGCAUAUACAAACCAAUUAUAACCAAAUGCAAACUCUUUAAGAAAUUUGAUGAUACUCUUUUGAAUCAAUUAUGCAGUGUUGUUUAAAUACAAAAAUUUAUUCCUGGUUAGAUGAUCUUUUAAGAGAAUGACUCAAUUAAUAAGGCAUACUUUCUUAUCUAAGGGGAAGUAGAUGUAUAAAUUAAUAAAGUCUCAAUCUAAUAACAAUCUGAAGGAUCUCUAGGGAUUAGGGAAUUUUUACUCUAGAAACCUAUACAUUACUCUUUAAAAGCUACUCAAUUCACCGAAAUAGCUUAUAUAUUGUAUGAAGUAUUAAUAUUUAAUCAAUCCUUAGGACUUCAAAGCUAUCAUUAGAGAAAAACAAUCUCAUUAAGAAUAAUAUUGUUAAAUGAAGGAUUAAUUACUCUAUUAGACUGAACAAUUAAAAUGUGAAAUCUGCUCUUAACUUCACCAUUUUAGAAAAUGUCCAGUUGUAUUUUAUAGUCCUCCAACAGAUGUGGUAGUAUGUGAUAACAGUGAAGCCAUAACCUAACCUAGAUACAGUCACAAAAGAAAAUAAAGAAUGCCAUCAUCUACUUUAGUUUCAGCAUAAUAUAACCUUUCUGCUGCUGUCAAUUAUAUGUACGAUAAUGAACUGUUAAAUGAAGGCAUUAAUGAUACAACCCUUAAAAAAUUUGGGUAUGUUGACAUUGAAGAAAAAUAAUAAACGAUUGAGGAUGUAAAACUCAAAUCUUUGAAAGUGAUCUAAAAAUUGCAAGAACACCAUGCAUCUACACCAAAAAUGAAACGAAUGAUCUAUAAAAAUCUAUUGAAAAAAGAUGAAAAUAAAUAAAUACUAAAUAAAGAAGAAUCUAUUUUAGAGAAUAUGCAUCAAGAGUUUAUAAAUUUUAAAAAAGAAGAUCUAAACAACUUUGAUUUACAUAUGGAGUUUUCCCAUUAUCAUUAGGAUAAGAAUUUAAGUAAAGUUUUGUUGAAUUUCUCAAAAUAAUCAUCACGCUUAAAACCAAAAGAAUAGUUUUUUAGCAAAACAAGAUUAGGUAAAACAAAACAAUUAAGCUCUCAUAAUACAACUUCAAAUAAUUUAAUGACUAACAAUCAUUCAAUUAUGAAAACUAUAUUUAAUAAAAAAUGA